AUGGACCUCGCAGCUUGCUACCCUCCAGAGCUCUCCUCUGAGCAGAAGCAGCAUCUAGUUGCUACCAUCAGGGACUGGUGUAUACAUCAUGGUCUUGCUGUCAGGCCUCCUCCGGCAUUCGUACAAGGAACUUCUGAUCCACAGGGUGUGCUGGCGACCAAUGCUCCGGUGACUCUGUUCCCCAGUCUCUUUCCCCGGUCCUGCUAUGAGGCGGCUGUGUCGGUGCAGGAAACAUACAACCAGCUUUAUGCCUCUAUAACUACGGACACUGACUGGCUGGGAGAGAUAAUCGAGGACCUUGUGGAAGUAGAUGACUUUGUGGCCGGCCUCUGGAAAGUUCAUCUAGCUGUCAAAAAUGAAGGAUAUGUACAGCCUCUUUCACUUGGCUUGUUUCGGUCAGACUACAUGGUCCAUGACCCUUCAGGUUCAUCCAAAGAACCAGUACUGAAGCAGGUAGAAUUCAACACUAUUGCUGCAUCCUUUGGAGGACUAUCAGGCUUGGUAUCUCAGAUGCAUACGUCUCUCCUAUCAUCUCCAACCGGACAGUCCAUAGUGUACCCGUCACACCCAGCCUUCAGGGGUAACAUACCACCCGAAAAUACCGCUGUUCCUACUCUAGCGGGAGGCCUCGCCGCAGCCCAUAAGGCAUAUGGUCCCUCCAAGUCUUCUCCAAACCCACUACCUUUAUGUGUUCUUUUUAUAGUACAGGCUGGAGAAAGGAAUCUUUUUGAUCAGAUGGAGCUUGCAACCUGCCUCUCCCAGUCACACAAUAUCACCGUGUUCCGGGUUACAAGUGAUGAGAUUCUAGAGUUAACCUCUAUUCAAGAAUCUAACCCGGCUAGACCCAUCAUAUAUACCCCAAGAUAUUCUCCGUCCACUCAGUUCGAAGCUACCACUAUUUACCUUCGAGCUUUAUACGGGCCUCAAGACUAUCCGGAUGAAUCGGCCUGGAAAGCACGAACUCACCUAGAACGCUCGGCAGCCAUUAAAUGCCCAACGGUUCUCAACCAAUUAUCAGGCUGUAAGAAGGUGCAACAAAUCCUAGCCACAGCAGUCAGCGGCCCUGAGAUGGACUAUUUAACCCGGUUCCUUCCCUGCACAAAUCCUGGCAGAAUACAGCAAAUACGCUCUACCUUUGCACCACAGUAUGAUCUGGCCGAAGGAGGCCGUGGUAGGGAACUCGCCUUGAAUCCAGAAACCGCUGCAUUCCAUGUCCUCAAACCUCAGCGUGAGGGAGGCGGAAAUAACGUGUAUCGUGACUCCAUACCAUCGUUCCUCAAAUCUAUACCUGAAAAGGACUGGAAAGGCUGGAUACUAAUGGAACUCAUACAACCUCCCCCGGCUAAGAAUGUUGCACUUCGCAGCGACGGUCAAGUCCUCAGUGGCGAUGUAAUCGGCGAGUUGGGCACGUACGGCACGAUCCUUUGGAACACUAAUGGGGAGACACUGCAUAAUACGCAAGGCGGCUGGCUUAUGAGAACUAAGGCCAAGGAUAGUGAUGAAGGCGGAGUGGCUGCAGGAUUUUCUUCUUUGGACAGUAUCUUACUCGUUUAA